UACUCCUUGGUAUAUUAAUGUUAUUCUUGUUCCCACGUGUGUUUUUAAAUUCGCUUCUAAAUUGUUUAUAUUUUUAUUGUUUUUAACUUAAAAAACUGCAUGUAUUCAAGAAAAAAGUGAUUUAAUUUCAAUUAUAUAAAUAAAAUCAAAGAUUUCUAAUUGAUAAAAAUGUCUCAAAGCAAAAUAUUCUGUCGUAAUCGUGCUUUAGGUUAUGUGAGUAAUGAAGUUCCACACGUGACAAGAUAUAUACAAAAUAGAAAAGAAAAUUUAAUAGUCACUUGUGUGGGAAAAUCAUUUCAUACAUAUGGAUUUACACAUUUUACAUUAUUAAGUGUUUCGGGUAUUCAUCCUGGUGAUAUAACAUGUAUGGCUGCUGAUACUUUUCACAUUUAUACAUCAUGUGAAAAUGAAAUAUUUGCUUGGCGGCGUGGAAAUGAAUUGGUCCAUAAAUAUAAAGGACAUGAAUCUAAUGUUCAUAAUUUACUUCCCUUUGGUCCACAUUUAUUAUCAGUUGAUGAUGACAGUAAUGUUAAAGUAUGGGACAUUAAAUCAGAGCAAUCAAUUGUUGAAUUGAAUUUUAGUAAUAGUGUAUUUAAAAUAACAAAAAUGAUACAUCCCGCCACUUAUAUGAACAAAAUUUUAUUUGCCAGUGAACAAGGUCAAAUGCAAUUGUGGAAUAUUAAAACACUUAAAAUGAUUUAUACAUUUAAAGGAUGGAAUUCAGCGAUAACUGCUUUAGAGCAAGCUCCAGCUGUUCAUGUAGCAGCAAUUGGUUUAGCAAAUGGAAGGAUUAUUUUACAUAAUUUAGAAGUUGAUGAAAGUAUUUUUGAAUUAAUACAAGAUUGGGGAUUGGUGACAAGUAUUACAUUUCGAAGUGAUGGUUAUGAAAUAAUGGCAACUGGAAGUUUAUCAGGUCAUAUUGUAUUGUGGAAUUUAAAUACAAAGAAAGUUGAAAGUCAAAUUUUAAACGCUCACUUUGGAGCAAUUACAGGAAUAAAUUGUCUUCCCAAUGAGCCGUUAAUUAUUUCAUCAUCGCCUGAUAAUUCUUUAAAAUUAUGGAUUUUCGAUCAAGAUGACGGUGGUGCAAGAUUAUUGAGAAUUCGUGAAGGUUUCGCAAAACCACCGACAUUUCUUCGUUUUCAUGGUAAUGAUGGUGAUAAUAUUGUAACAGCCGGUGAAGAUUCAUCAUUAAGAAUAUUUUCAACAAUAACUGAAACUUUUAACAAAAGUUUAGGAAGAGCUUCUUAUCAUCGAAAAUCAUCACAAAAAAAACAUAGAACCGUUGAAGAUCCAUUGAUAAUGCCCUAUAUUAUUGAAUUUUCAAUGGAAAAAACAAGAGAAAAAGAAUGGGACGAUAUUGCUGCUAUUCAUUAUGAAACAGGUGUUGUAACAACUUGGUCAUAUGAUAAACUUAAAAUGGGACAACAUAAAUUAUUGCCAGAAAAUUUUAAACAUAAACACAGUAUUUGUGCUACGUGUGUAUAUUUAACGCAUUGCGGUAAUUUUGUUAUUAUUGGAUAUAAUAAUGGAUGUGUUGAAAGAUUUAAUAUUCAAUCGGGAAUUCAUCGAGCUUCUUAUGGAAAAAAUACUGCUCAUAUUGGAACAAUUAAGGGAGUUACAUCUGAUAAUUUAAAUCAAAUUGUCAUUACUGCGGGAAAAGAUGGUUUAAUGAAAUUUUGGCCAUUUAAACCUCUCAAGGGACCAUUAGCACAAUUGGAAUUAAAUCAUCCAGUUGAAUUUUUACGAAAACACGACGAGAGUUCACUUAUUGCCGUGGCUUUGCAAGAUUUUUCUAUUAUUAUUGUUGAUUUUAAUUCAAAGAGAAUAGUUCGACAAUUUGAAGGGCACACAAGUGUUAUAACUGAUGUGAGUUUUAGUCCUGAUGCAAGAUGGUUAGUAACAUCGUCACGUGAUUCAACAAUAAGAACUUGGGAUAUUCCAUCGUCUCAAGCAAUCGAUAUUUUUCAGGUUCCAAAAGCGUGUAUAAGUUUAGAUUUUUCUCCAAAUGGCGAAUAUCUUGCAACGGUGCACGUUGAUUAUUUAGGAAUUUUCUUAUGGGUCAAUCGUACAAUUUUCACACCCGUAUCAUUAAAGGCAAUUAAUUCUGAUGCUCCUGUUCCAAUUGUUCCACUGCCGGGUGUCGAUGAAUUAGAAGAGAAAUCAGAAGAAAAUGUAAUGGACAUUGAAAGUGAAAUGGACGAAGAAUACAAAUCGCCAGAGCAAAUUAGCGAAGAAUUAAUAACAUUAUCGUCUCUAGCGCAAUCGAGAUGGAAAAAUUUACUUGAUUUAGAUAUUAUUAAAAAAAGAAAUAAGCCCAAAGAACCACCAAAAGCACCAGAAGCUGCACCAUUCUUUUUACCAACAAUUCAAUCAUUGACACCGAAAUUUGACUUUUCCGAUAUUACAACAUCUGAAGACAACAACAAACUUGAAAUGCAUUCAGAUUUUCAAAAUCUCACAAUAUUUAGUAAAUUUCUAUUAUCAACUAAUGAAAAUAAUAAUUUUUUGCCAGCAUUUGAAAAAUUAAUGUCCAUGGGUCCUAGUGGAAUUGAUUUUGAAAUUCAAUCUCUCUCACAUAAUCCAAAUUGUUCUGUUGAUUUAUUGUUUCAAUUUAUGAAAAUGAUUCAAUAUAUAUUAGAAAGUCGAAAAUAUUUUGAACUUGCUCAAGCUUAUUUGGGUUUAUUUUUAAAAACCCAUGGCGAAGCAUUAAUAGAUGAUAAAAAAUUAUACGAUUGUUUAUGUGAAUUACAAAAUGUUCAAGAAAAAACAUGGAUAGAAUUGCGAACACAAUUAUUUGAUAUUCAAAGUGUUGUGGCACAUUUGAAAAAAAUGUAAAAAAAAAAAAUUAAAUAGAAAUAUUUAAGUUGUAAAUAAAUUAAUGUAAAUAUUAGAAUUAAAAAAUAAAUUUUCUAAAAUUGA